GAGGCAAACUUGGGAAUGGAUAUUGAAGGACCCUCCCCUGCAGUCAACUACCACCCCACCCUCCCUAAAAGACAGAAGGUACGUUGUACAACCUUGUCACUCUCAGUCCUUUCUUCAAGUGGUGUUCGACAUGGAGGAGCACUGAUUCAUCAGCGAAGGUGGCUGAGAAAUCUGAUGGAAGCUUUCUGUAGCUCAGACAGCAAAUUUGCAAUUGUUGCAAUGGAUGAUUUGGAAACAAUGGCUUUCAAGUCUGUUGAGGACGAAACUGCGUAUUGGAAAGAUCUUGCUCUAAAAUACCAACACUGUGCACAGACGACUCGGGAAGAGCUAAUUGAGUUCCAGGAAGGGAGCCGUGAACUCGAAGCGGAAUUGGAGACUCAGCUUGAGCACGCUGAAAGCAGAAAUCGAGACUUGCUGUCAGACAACAAUCGUCUCCGUGUGGAACUGGAUUUAUUUAAGGAGAAGUUAGAGGAGCACCAUUCCGAGAAUUAUAAACGGAUUACUAUGCUGCAGGAUGAGCUUGCUGAGACCACAGCGAUUAAAGACCAGCUGCAGAAAUAUAUCAGAGAACUAGAACAAGCAAAUGAUGACUUGGAACGUGCUAAAAGAGCAACUAUUAUGUCCCUGGAGGAUUUUGAGCAGCGACUGAACCAGGCAAUUGAGAGGAAUGCCUUCUUAGAGAGUGAACUUGAUGAGAAAGAAAAUCUUUUGGUGUCUGUACAGAGACUGAAAGAUGAAGCAAGAGAUCUGAGACAAGAGUUGGCCGUACAGCAAAAGCCAGAUUCAAUCAGGAAACCCACAAGCAAUUCUUCAGAUUCUGAAAAUGCAACAGCUCCAACAUCCACGCCAAUGCCUUUGACCCCAUUGAUCUGUAAAGGACCCAGCAGUGGGUUCUCCACACCUGCCAUGUUUACCAAAGAUGGUUACACUGGCAGCCCUCUGACUCCAUCAGCCAGGAUAUCUGCACUUAACAUAGUGGGAGACUUGCUUAGGAAAGUUGGGGCUCUGGAGUCCAAGCUUGCAUCUUGUAGAAAUUUUGUUUGGGAUCAAUCUCCAAAUCGUGCAACUUUGCCAUCCACUCCGAAUGGAAACUGUGCAAUAAAAGACAGCAAUGAUAACAGGGUGUCCAAUGCCAAUCUACCCCAAUAUGACAAAGGAUCCCAACAUAAGGCGAGGAAAUCUUCUCUGGCAGACAGUUUUGGGAACUGUAGGUCCAAGGUCGUCUGUUCACCUCAAGCAUAAAAUACGUGUAAGCGGUAUAUGCACUGUCUCAAAUGACACACUAUCUCUUCCAAAUUUGUUUUAGAUUUUUGUUGUAUUUCCAGGUUAGCCAAAAGGCUGGAGUUUGGGACACUUGCCUCAAAGGUCUGUUCACAAGCAAGCGCAUCACCACAGGGUGUAGUCAAAAUCUUGCUUUGAGCCAUGGUAAUUUUUAAAAGAAAUGUUUUUAAAUGGAUAUUUUUUUAAACCAAGCUCUUUAACAUUCAGUGGUCAUGUUAGUGAAAAGUUUGAUUUUUUUUUCUGUUUUUUUUUGCUAGUGCAAGUUGAAGAUUAGUUUUUCUAAUGAAAGCUAAAAGUAGAUUUUUCUUUCAUAUUGAAGGUACUUGGCCCACAUUGUAAACUAUAUUUAGAAGCACCAUUCCGCUAGAGAAGUGGGAUGGAGAGCUCAUUAAGAGGGGGGACUUAUAAUCAUUGGAAAUUGGUAAUUAACAAUGGAACUUUUGGCCUCUGUUUUGCACAUUUAGAGUUUUGAGCUGUGUUUCAUAAUUACAAUUUUAGCAGAGUCACAGGGAAACUGGCUAAUUGGGAAGAAUAACCAUUUUAAGAAAAUGAUUUUCUUGAAAAUUGAACUUUGUCCAAUUAGAGCUCACUUAUUUGGCUUUUUAUUAAUUGGUCACGAGAUUUGGCCUCUUGGUGUUUUGUUUUCUAUUGAAAUUAUUGAGUUCAUUAAUUCAUGUUUGAUCCACCAUUGUAGCCCCUACUGGGACAUUGUAAAAUGGUGGGGUAAAGCAGAGGUAGCUCCACAUCAAUUUGUAGCUACUGAAAGUUCUGUUGCGUUUUAUUAUUUAAUCAUUGUCAGCCUUGAAUUGGUGACCUUGAUAGUGUGUAACAUUUAGCCAGUUUACUUUUCCCAAGCACCAUAUGACCAGAAUUGUGUAUCAAGAACCUUUGGAUACAAUAAUGUACCUGUUCUGUCUUGUUUUGGGCCCUUUUUGGCUGAGGGUUCAAAUUAUGUUUAUAAUUUGAGAAGUUGCAUGUUUCACAUAUGCUACUUUUUUACUUCUGUAUAUGUAGUAUAGUCCACAUGCCUUUCUAUAACAAUUUGAAUUAUUUUCUGCAUGCUUUUGGAAGCAUAAUAGUCAAUACUUCUGUUUUUACCUUUGUAAAUAUUUACUCUGUUAUAUGUUCAUCCAUUUUGUCACAUCUUAAAGUCCAAGUUUGUUCCAUUGCUUUAAAUGCCUGUUUCCAAAAUUAUUCCUGUGUUUAAUGCUGCUUUAUGUAAAAACCGCUCUUAGAUGUACUCUUAAAUGUUACAACAUUUAAAUGCAAUCCUUUUACUAUAUAAGCCGAACAAGAGUACUUUUUUGUUUCGCAAAAGGACUUUGUGAACCAAACAAAAAUCCCUUGGAAUAGAAGGAUAAUGAAGUGAUUGCUACAUUACUAGGUCCAGCUUGCAGCUGAGAUGCCAUGAUUGAUGAACAUUGCGCGAACACUUUCAUAAGUGAGGUAUAAUGCAACUCUGCACUGAUACUUAUCAGUGCAUUGUUCUGUUCCGGUACAUCUGUUACUGCUUAUAACUGGAGACAUUGGUUCAAAAAUUGAAAGUAGAAUUCACUGAAGAAUUUUCAUGUGGAUGCCAAGAGAAACUCAUCUUGUUUUAUGUUUUCUAAAAAGUAAUGCAUCAGAAAGUGCAGCAGAUCAGUUGACUUCAGUCAGUUGGAGUAGGUAAGGUUUAGAACUGGUAAGAGCACUUUGAGUACCAGUUUAAUUUGUCACAUGGGAUAGUUAUGAUAGUUAUAUUUGAGCUGAGAAUGAUUUUGUAGAAGUGUUAAGUAGAUGAAGAAAAGAAUGACUGAAUAGUGCCUUAAAGAUCAUUAGUGCCUUUUGAUUAUGGCAGAGCCUGUUUGGAUUCUGUGGUGGAACUAGGUGUGAUCCCUGAGAAACUGGUUAAUUUAAGAACUUAAUCCUCAAGAAGAGAAAUCAAACUAGCUGCUGAUGGACAUUAAUUUGUCUGGUUUAUUCUCUGGGUAAUGAAAGAGCCAUUCAGUGUAAUCUUAGCACCGGUGAACAAGUAAAUAGCUGGUGCACAUUAUCUCACAACACAAUCGAGGGUGUGACCCGAGGAAGGUCUUUUUGCAUCCAUUACUGGGAUAAAGACACUGCCUGAUAGAAAGAGGCUUUUCUUUUUCUGGUCAGAUAAGUUGAUUAACCAAAUAACAAGGGUGCAUUUAGGAUCACCAUGUUAUAAUCUGGAAUUGCAUAAAAAUUGGAGGAAAUCCGCUAGGCAGUUCUCUUCCCCAAAUAGUGCUAUUUGUAUAUUUGCCCACUGCAAGCUGGCUUACCUAGGACCACCCAUUCUGAAAGGGCCAGACACUGUCUCUUGUAGGGACUUGGAAGUUGGGCUGUGCUUCCUUUGAGCAAGUGACGAGAUUGAUGGUACCUCUGUUAAUUUUAUUUUGACUCCAUGCAGAAUGUACUAAUAUUUUGUCUCAGUUAUGGAUUCUGUUGUUUAUUUACACUUUUUAUUGAUAAAUCUCCAUGUUGGAGAAUGGAGCGUUUCCAGUUCUUGUUUUGUGCCUAGUGCCUGUGUUUUGACGACUCCGCACUGCUGCAUGGUGCCUUAAUCCCAGCAUCCAUCGCUGCUAGGAUGUUUCCAUUUUCCAGGCCAGAUCUUGUGAUUGAUGCUCCUCAUUUGACACAUACUAAAGCAUCACAAGGUGACAUGCUGCAGGGUAAUUAUAAGGGUUGUUUGGUGGCAAAGGAGUUUUUCUUUUGCAAUAAACAAAGGUGUAGACAUGCUUCAAAUAUAAUUAUGAUUUGACUUGGCAACAGGAAGCAGAAGUGAAUAUGGUUGCUGGGAGAUAAAGAAGGGGAACUACAAAUGUUUUCAUGCCUUUUAAUGACAGUCUGUGAUUUACCCAUCAUACCCCUGCCUGGAGUAUCACAUUUCAUACAUUGUGAAAUUGCAGGUAGGAAUUAACUUACUGUAUACUAUUCCAGAUUUGGGUCUCUGCUUCUACAAAAUGUUGCCAUAUCCAGGAAUAUAAUCUCUGUAUUCUGUGUGUGUUUCUCUGAACUGAAAUAAAAUGAUCAUUCCCUGUU